UCAAAGGGAAAUACAGUCGAUACGGAACAACUUCGAAGUACGGAUCUGUUUACGUAAAUAAUUCUAUAAAUUUCAAACGGUUCUUAUCGAUGUCGAUCAAUUUUCAAAACACCAAUCGAUUAAACGUCUUAGCGAAUCUUUUUUCGGGCAAUGUUUUACCCAUAACUUCAGACGGAUCUGAAUUAUCCUUACUUUCCGAAUUAUAUGCCAUUUCUACUUGGAUAAUAGUAUUAAUAUAUACAAGUGGUUGCAUCAUUGGAAUAUUUCGUGUGCCCAAAGAAUAUGCCUUGAGAGAAUCUACAGUGAAUUUAAUAAUCAUCGUUGAGAUUUUCUUUAAUCUUUUUCAUAUGUACCGGCAAAGGAAUCUUUUGAAACGAUUGAUCGGGAAUUACAAUUUUUUAUUUUCUAUCGAUAAUGAUUUAUUAAAAACCAUUGUUGUAACUUACGUUGGGCCCGUAGAAAAAAUGUUGAAAUUUUAUACGAUUACCGAAGUCUCUACGGUUGUACUUUGGGUCUCAACGGCAUUUAUAACGUUCUUUCAAAAAGAAGAAUUCGUACAUGAGGAUUACGUUCUACCAAUUAGUUUCUCCGAGGAAUCAAUCUCACGUAAUGUUUAUAUCAUUAAUGUUAUCAUUGAAAUAUUCGGAUCUUUUUAUGUGAUUUUGAAAAAGGUCAGUACUGAUAUAUACACUUUGCAUUUAAUACUAUUGUUAACAUCGCAAUACAAGUAUAUGAGAAUAAAAUUCGGGAUGGUAUUUCGAAGAAAAGAAAAUUCUUUAAAAUCGAAAUAUCUAAGUGAUCGUGUUAUCGAGAAAGAACUUGAUUCGUUGUUCCAUCAUCAUUCCGUCGUUGUCCGAGCCACGAUCAUGCUGAAAGAAAUACUCUCGUUCAAUGUUUGUAUCAUUCAUUUGGACAGCGUCUUUCGAUUUUGUUUUUUAAGCUUCAUGCUUGCCACGAACAUGAGAAUGAACAUAGAAGGAUUCAUAAUAAUAUCGUAUAGCAUUGCUGCUGUUUUACAAUUGUACAUGAUAUGUUUCUAUGUACAAGAACUUUUCGAAGCGGGUACAAAAUUGACGGACGACGCUUUUAACGAAGAAUGGUAUUCCUGCGAAUUAUCGGUGAAAAAAAAUUUCCAAAUAAUGAUACACGCGAAUAAGUUGAAGUGUCAGCUAACUCCAUGUCAAAGCGUCGACUUGUCCUUACCAUCUUUCAUGCAGAUUAUGAAUCAAGCCUACUCCGUGUGUCUGCUCUUUUUGAAGAUGAAAUAAAACCGGUUUGAAGGUGGAAGAAAUGUUGGGCCCUCCGCAAAAAAAUAUCUCUCUUUGGGAGAAUUUCAUUUUGAUGAGGUGCACGUGCUAUUUCAUCGAAACCAAUUGUAAAUGGGAUCGAUAAGAAAUUAAACGUAUCAAUGUAUCUUUUCCCUCAUAGUUGUGAAUUUCUUUAAUGCUUAAAAAUUGAUUUCUAUAAAAAUAGUCAUAAACCUUGAUAAUUACCUUUUGUCUUGAAAGGUCUCGAUGGUUGAGAGUAACCCUUCGAACCAUUUCCAUUGAUCGCUGCAACACGAAAUUGAUACCAAUGGCCUGUCUUCAAUCGACCACGAAGAGUCGCGUGAGGUUUCGUAGAAACAUGUCGGACGGUCCAUGAACUUAAUCUUGAUUCUAAAUAACGUGGACCAAUAAGAUGACGUUCCUCCACUAAAUAUCUGACAUCCCCGUUACCGGAUACAUUUGGAUAAACAUGACCAAUGUUUCGCCAAUUCAAAUGAAUGAGAUUACUUUUUUGUUGUCUUAUCUGUAGAUUUUGCGGGAUCGGUGGUAAAUCUGAAAUUUUAGAAAACUUUUAUUAGAGAAUUAAAAUGAUCGCGUUUAUAUUCAUUAUGUAAAGUAUAUAUUGAGAAUGUUGAUUUACCAGUUCUGUUGUCUAAACCGACGGGAUGCAUACAUGUAACUCCGCAAUCGUGCGAACAACACUUUGCCAAAUCUGGACAACGUGAAUCAUUGUCACAAGCGAUCAAACAAACGGCUUCGAAGGGUGACAUAAAAGCAGUAUCAGGACAGUAACCAGGUUUCGAAUAAUUCGAUGCUAAACAAUUUUCUAUACACUGAAACAAUGUAGAAACAUUUCUCUUUUCUAAUAAUAAUAUUGAGAUUUUCUUUUCUGCUAUUAAUAUCGAUCCUUUAUAUACUUUGACGAUAUUACUCCGAAGAUAUAAACCGCUUGAAAGUUAAAUAAUGUGUUUUCAGUUGAAACGAAAAAAAAAAGAAGAAGAAAUAAAUAAAAUAAAAUAAAAUAAAAUAAAAUAAAAUAAAAAAAUUUGCGGUUAACGUAUCCCAGAAGAUCGCCCGUACAAUUUUUCUUUCCUUUCCUCUUUGAUCGUUGCUUGUCUCCGCGUGAAACCGAUUUCGAAGUACCAAACGAGCUACCAAACGA